GCAACAGCUGUCACACAGUUUUCACUUGCUCUGGUGUCCACACCUCCCGCUGCAACAUGCUGCUGUCAGUCUUUUAUCACCUUAUGAGGACUGCACAGUAAAGAAGAUUUAAUGCACAGCAAUACCGUGAGAAGGUGUCAGCACUCCAUUUUUUCACAUUUUCACAAUACCUCAGUCAUGAAUAAGUAGACCUGCAUAACGUCUGAUUCAGCUAUGAAUAAUUGAUCUGGAAAUCCUAUAAUAAAUGGGAUGACUAAUAAGAUGGUAAUGACAUUUGCUAACAUGAAGCAUCCAAUGCGCUGUGGCUGGGAGCUGUCAGUCAGAGGUGCAGGCUGUAUAUAAGAGAAGGAGGUGCACAUCAUCCUCCUAAAUGCCUGUGUAGAGCUAAGUCUUACAGGUGGGGAUAUCCUAAAUCUGCUUCAGUCUGCACAGAUCUCUAAGGGACAUGGAGACCAACUUCAGCACUGUGGACAGCUCCCUUCCAAAGCAAACUCUGUAUGCAUUGGGAUUUCAGCCUCUGGACCUUGGAGAAUGGACUUUUGUCACACCCACCUUACUGGUGUUGAUCUGUUUAUUGGGACUUACUGGUAACCUAUGCGUGAUCUCUAUUCUUCUUCACAAUUCCAGGAAAGCCAAUCCUUCCUUGAUCCACUCUCUGAUCCUGAAUCUAAGUGUCUCAGAUGUCCUGCUGUUGAUGUUCUCUGUGCCAUUCAGGGCAGCAGCCUACUCUCCAUCCACUGUGACAUUAGGUUGGUUUGUGUGCAGAACUGCGGACUGGUUCACACAUGCCUGCAUGUCAGUAAAGAGUUUCACCAUAGCAAUAGUUUCCAGAUCUUGUUUCAUAUAUGCCAGCAAUCCUGCAAAGCAAGUGACCAUUCCACAAAUGACCAUCUGUGCUGUUAUGGUGUCUAUUUGGGUGGUCGCUUCUAUUCUGCCAUUACCUGAGUGUUUCUUUACAGAUGCAAAGCAAAAUAACAGCUCUGCUAUUUGCCUCCUAAGCAUGCCACCUGAAACACAGAAGAUAAUGGCCAUCUUUGUCAAGCUUUAUCCACUCUUCGUAUAUCUCAUCCCUUUCACAAUUGCAUUCUUCUACUUUCGGAGAGCAUACGCCCAAUGCCAACGUAGAGGAACUAAAACUCAGAAUUUACGAAACCAAAUGAGGUCCAGAAGGCUCACAAUAAUGCUACUGACUGUCACCAUCACAUUUUGCAUAUUAUGGCUUCCAGAGUGGAUAUCCUGGCUAUGGUUUUGGCAUCAACUCCUGAGUGGUCCACCUCCUCCUCAAGCAUUCCUGACAUUAGCCCAAGUAUUUAUGCUUUCUCUGUCAUGUAUAAAUCCAUUCAUCUUUCUUGUCAUGUCAGAAGAAUUUAAAGAAGGUUUCAAAGACGUCUGGAAACAUUUCAUUUCUAAGAAACCUUUAGUUGCAAAAGACAAAGAGGAGGAUGAUGUAAAAGAUACAGGAGCACUGACUCCAGAGGUUCCACCAGACUCCGCUUCUACCCCAGAUCUUGUCCCAGAGCGUCCUACAACUAAUGGCAACAUGGAGCAGUCAUGUUCUCAGCAAAACUUUGGAAGCCAAGACAGUAAGGAAAACCCAGUUUUACCAGAUGUGGAGCAGUUCUGGCAUGAAAGGGAAGCCAAUCCAUCUGAUCAAAACAAUGACCCCAUUCCAUGGGAGCAUGAGGAAGAAGGUCCAUGUGGUUCCGAGAAGCCCAUUGCAAAAAUGUAAGGAACUGUGCUGAACAAUGCAGUCUGAUGGACAGCUGGUUAUCACCUCUCCAGUGUGCUUUUAUAUGCUGUAUUCAAGUUUAAUCGUCAUUAUGUGUAAAUAUGUUUUCAAGUGGCCAUUACUCAUAGUUUAUGGUGGACCUGUGACCAAAUGAAUUAUGCUUGGAAAGUGCUGGGACAUAGCAUUUAUUCUCGAACUUGUAAAGAUAAACAAUAAUACUAUCAUAAUAAAACAUUUUGGCCAAGAAGCUCUAAAGCCUCAACCUCAUCUUUCUAGGUGCAGCCCACCCAUAUAAAUACAAGGUGUUUCUUUUUGGUUUGUAUACUGUCUUAAUCUUCCUACCUAGAUAUAUUUGAAAGGGUUAAUAUUGUGCAUACCACCAAUGCCUACUCAAGUAAGUUUAAGAAUUGUAACACAGACAGAGGCAGAAAGACGUUUCCCUCAGGAUCACUGGGUGUUG